AUGACAGACAUUUGUCAAGGCGCUAUGAACCUAGGUCCAGAAGAGAAGAUCUUCGUGAGUCGAGAAGCUCUUAUCUCCGACGUUGGAGUACUCAACACAUACACACGCACGCGAAUCAAGGCCGCAAUCAAUCAGGCUGAGCGAAUUUGCUUCGUUUCCGCAACGCCGGCCCAAGGAAAUACAACAUGA